UAAAACAUGUAUAAAAAAAUGCUUGAAGUUUUACAUUGUUAAGUAGGUCUUGUUAGAGAGAGAACCUUAUUUUAGAAACUGAAGAGUAUUCUGAAAGAUACAAAAAAGGAACCAGUACAAGAUAAAAGAAAUGCCGUCCUAGAAACAAAGAAUGGGGUCUAAGAUAAAAGCUUCUGUUUUUCAAAUUUUGGGUGGUCAUACAAGUGAUGUCACUUGGUGUGAUUUCUUUGGGCACACCUUGGUAACAGGCUCAAAUGACAAGAAUGUACGACUUUAUGAACAAGAUGAUCAGGGGAAGUUCAUUGAGUCUUCACUCUCUCCUUUAAUUGGUCAUACAUAUGGUGUAAAUUGUGUGCGUUUUUCUCCUUAUGGAACUUUGCUUGCAUCCUGUUCCAUAGAUGGUACUGUUAUACUGUGGAACGCACAGACAGGGGAACAAGUAGCUCAGUUAAAGCACUCAGAAGGAAAUGCGGCCAUCCGAGUGUGCUGUUUCUCUCCGUCCUCUACCCUGCUAGCUAGUGGGGGUGAUGAUGAUGUGGUUUAUUUGUGGGAUAUUGGCACUCAUUCCAUUAUCAGACAAUUGAUGGGACAUGAAGCCAUGAUCACUGCGUGUGCCUUUACGCCUGAUAGUUCCUUUUUAAUUUCUGGGUCAAGUGCUGGAGACCUGAAACUUUGGGAUGCUUGCUUUGGCCAUGGAAAAUGCUUGAAAACUAGACCUGAAGCACAUGAUCUGGGUGUUCUUGGAUGUGAUAUUAGUCCAAACUAUCAGACCAAUGCUGGAAGCGAUUCUCUCUGUAACUUCUAUGUUGUGGCAACAUGUGGAAAUGAUGACCUAGUGAAGCUGUGGCAUGUGAGAACAGGGAUGCAUUGUUCCAUUACUUACACUAUGAAGCUGGAAGGACAUUCAGCUAAUGUUGUGUUGCCGUUUCUCAGUAGAUGGAAACCUUCUGGCAUCUGCGUCAGGGGACAAAACUGUAAUGCUGUGGGAACCGGUUUCUGGAGCCUUGAUACAGAAAUUAGAAAAACAUAUACUACCAUUAGUAUUAAAAAGUAUGUGACAUGCUGUGCCUUUUCACUGGACACCACUCUGUUAGCUACAGGAUCCAAUGAUAAAACUGUGAUCCUUUGGUCUUUAGGAGAACAAGGACCAGAAGCAAAAUCAAAAAAAGCAGGACUGAAGACACAAACAAUACCUUCGUGCUCACUAUCUGACCAAAGUGUAAGGUCUGUGGUUCGUUGGUCAGUCAGUGAAGUCAGUAGCUGGCUAGAGCGUUUAGAUUUGAAAGAGCACAUAGAUGCAUUUAAGAAGAAUAAUAUUGAUGGUCAAGAGUUGCUUCAUUUAACUCAAGAAGGUCUUCAGAUCUUCUUGAAAGUAGAAUCCUUGGGUCAUCGUCAAAAAAUUUUGCGUGCCAUAAAGGCUCUAAGAAACCCUCUUUGGCAGCAUCAGCUGUCAUGGCAAGAACAUGGGGAUCUACCACAAGAGUUCUUUUGUCCAAUAACUCAUGAGCUGAUGAGAGACCCUGUAGUUGCUGCAGAUGGAUAUAGUUAUGAAAAAGCAGCAAUUAUCGAGUGGCUGAACAGUGGAAAAUUCACAAGUCCAAUGUCCAACAAUAGAUUAGGCCACACUUACUUAACACCAAAUAUAGCAUUGCAUCUUCUUAUCCAAAAGCAUUUAGUGUAAAAUGCUAUUUACAUGUGUGUGACUGCUUCAUAUUUCAGCAAUGAACAUUACCCAGGAAAUAUUUCUUAUACACUGGAGUAAAAUAUAUCAAGUUGUGAAACUUUGUAUUUCUCUAUCUAAAAACAUUUUUAAUUUUACAUAGUUUUGCAUAAAGUCAUUAAAAUAACUUAAAGAAUAUGGAAUAAUAAAGUUAUUAGUUUCUAAAUAAUUUUAAAUAAUAUGCUGUUUAGGUAGUAUGUUCAGUUAUGUAAGUAUAUGUACUGUACAUGUGCUUGCUAAGUAAGAAAGUGAAGAGAUGAUUUGUUGUAGUUUCUUUCAUUGAUAACACAAAAACUGUAGUAAGACAGAAUAUGAAAUUCAGUUAUACUUAAGUCUUUUUAACUUAGAGAUGCAUUCUCUAGGUAUGAAGUACUCUAAUGAAAUCAGUGUUUAAGUUUAUAAGUUUGCUAAAUUUCCAGUAUAUCAGCAUUCCAAGCACCAACCAUUAUCAUAGUAUAAUGGAGAUCUUGCAAAUAAGCAUUAGUCAUACUUGUGAAGCUAAUUACAGAUUACAAAGAAAACAACAUGUAACACCAUAUCAGAUUUCUAAACCAGUUAACAUAAAUCUGAGUGUUUAUUGAAUUAUAUGCAUCCUUUUUUUUUUCUCUCUUUAUUGUCAUAAUUUUACAUUUAUGAUGGAGAAGCUUUACUUUCUCACUUCGUGGUUCAUACAGUAUAUUAUAUUUGCUUUUCAGGUUUUUUAAUAGUCAAAAUUGAUUAUGUACUCUUGUUUUAAGAUAUGAGUAAGGAAGGACAUAGUGAUUUAUAUAAAUAUAUGUAUAAGCACACAACACACACACACAAUAUAAUUAGAACUAAGUAUAUAUGUUUUUAACAUUAAUUUCAAAACAACAUUUUGUUGUGCCAUUAGUAUAAAAACCAUAACAGUAUUUACACUUGGAUCCUAAUAGUGCCAUUGCUUCUCUAUGGUGAGAAUAUGUUGUGUGUCUUAGAAAUUACACAGUACUGUCUAUGAAGAAAUAACUUUCAUAGUUAUGUGAUUUUUUUAUACUUAAAAAAAUAAUUGUUUAUUAUACGUAUUGUUGGGUGCCAUAACAUAUUGCUUAAUAAUAUGGUUAGUGUUCUCUUUUAUAAUAUUCUAGGAAACAGAAAGGUACUGGUACUAUGUCUAUAAAAACAUGCUAGAUUGUCUUUAUCUCACAUUUUGGGCCUAACAUCGCUACUAAGUGGUCUACACAUUAUGACUUGUAAUAUUAUACAGCUCUCUAGGUGCUACUGAAGGUGCUGGUUUUAAAAAAAACUUGUAGCAGUUGUUAAGAACAUAUCUAUAUUAUUAUUGAUAGCUGCUACAAGUUCUGAGAAAACAACGAAUAAAGUUUUGAAUAUCUUUUGACUUUCUUAUUCAAACUAAGAAGAAGAAAAAUAUAUCAGUAUUCCAAACACCAACCAUUAUCAUAGUAUAAUGGAAGCAUAAGAAAAUAUAUAAAUCACCAAUCUUCUGUUUGUAUGUACCUGAUUGUCAAAACCUUUCAAAACUUAAACGUUGAGAAAAAUCAUGUUUAGUUAAAAUUAAUUUUGUACUAAAAAUUAAUUAUUUUUUUUGUCUCCUAGAAGGCAUCAGAAGGGAUAGUUAUAUGCAUAAGCAGACACCUCUAUCUCCCUGUUUUUUUAUGUAUAGAGAAAUACAAAGUUAAAUAAGUAUACUAUGUGUUAUAAAAUGUUUGUAAUUUCUUUAUAUUACAUUAUUCACAACCAUGCUAGACUUUAGUAGGCUUCUUUAAAAUCUAGAUAUGCUUACCAAAUUAAAAUGCACUAAAGAUAUGUAUUAUGUUUAUAAAUUACAUUGAAAUGGGGUUACUUGCAUAUAAUCCAUAAAUGAAAGAAUCCCUUUUAUGUACCUGUUUUGUGAUUGGCCCAGUAUUUUAUUGUUUAUUUACAUAUCUACCUCUGCUGUCGUGUUAAAAUAGAAAAUUUUGAAUGUUUAAAAGAUUUUGUCUCUUGGGCCAUUUCAAAACUGCCAUUGGAGAACGGUUAAUAUACACGUUCUCCAAUUUCAAUUGUUUUAAUGUUACAACAGUUACAAGUUAUUUGAAUUGCAGAAGAAUACUUGGUUUUCUGUUUAGUAAUGUUAGAAAAUAACAAGGUUUUGUGUGAUUUUUAUGAACUUCAGUAUUAUACAAUGAAUUUAUGUUAUUUGUAAAAAAAAAAUGAUUUUUUCAAGUAAAAGUCUUUUGAAAACUUUUAUGCAGUUGCAAACCUCAAAAAAAAGGGGGUGUAAUUACAGAUAUUUAGUUUGCAAUGAAAAUGUACUUUAUUAAAUUGUAUUCAAUGUGACACAUUCCAAGAAAAUAAACAUUCAUAUCAUGUAAACUUUAUAAUUUUUAAUGUUUUCUAAUGUAUGUUCUGUGUAGUUUGAGCAGAUAAUUUUACAUUUUAUGUCACUUGCACAUCAUAACCAUGAAGUGUAAGUUGUUAUGAUUUAAAUGGAAACAUCAGAAUUGAACCUUAAACCAUUUAUAUUUGACACUGUACAAGAAAGGAAGUUUAGGAUAUGUAGAAUUAGACUGAACUUUUUAGAUACCUGAAAAUUUGUUUCUUAAUAAUGUUCAAAUUCCUUAGUAAUUUUUAUGUAAGUUUUAUAACAAUAAAGACUUUUUGCUUUGAAA